GCGCGUUCUUCUGCCGGAAGUCCGCUCUAGCCCUGGGACCCCGGACUGCUGCGGGAGCCGGAGCUGCCAAGUAGCCGCGGGACCGGGGCCGCUGGGGUCCGGACGGGGGUCGCCAUGAUCCGCUUCAUCCUCAUCCAGAACCGGGCGGGCAAGACGCGCCUGGCCAAAUGGUACAUGCAGUUCGAUGACGACGAGAAACAGAAGCUGAUCGAGGAGGUGCACGCCGUGGUCACUGUCCGAGAUGCCAAACACACCAACUUUGUGGAGUUCCGGAACUUCAAGAUCAUUUACCGACGCUACGCUGGCCUCUACUUCUGCAUCUGCGUGGAUGUCAAUGACAACAACCUCGCCUACCUGGAGGCCAUCCACAACUUCGUGGAGGUCUUAAACGAGUAUUUCCACAACGUCUGUGAGCUGGACCUGGUGUUCAAUUUCUACAAGGUUUACACGGUCGUGGACGAGAUGUUCCUGGCCGGCGAGAUCCGCGAGACCAGCCAGACGAAGGUGCUGAAGCAGCUGCUGAUGCUCCAGUCCCUGGAGUGAGGGCGCAGGCCCCCCACCCGCCCCGGUCCCCCAGCUCCCUGCUCGCCCCCUUGCCAGGCCCGGGCCACCCCGGUGCCCUCCCUCAGCCGCCCGGGAGGAAGGCCCCCACUGGGCCCGGGGCCACCAGGAAGGAGACUGCACCCCACCGCCUCCGGGCCCAGCCGUGGGUGGAGGCCAUCUCGCGCCUUCCGGGUAACCGUGCCCUUGUCGUGUGACGCUGUGAGUGCACGCGUGGAGCUCCCAAUAAACCCGUGGUCCCGCCCGG